GAAACCCUUCCUGAAAAUUGGAUUUUAAUUAAUUUAGACAAAUAAAAUUUUUCUUGUUUACGCAGGAUAGAAACAAGAUGGGAGAUCCAUUACCAUUAAGACUAGCACUGCCUGAGCUGAGGUAUCCGAUUGGAUCAGAGCCAGAGAAGACGAUAUCGAUAAACCAACACUCGAUAGUUGCUUAUAUCAAAACUGUUAAGGAAAUUCUAGGAAAUGAUGAGUUCAACAGAAUAAGAGGGACGUUUUUGGGACCGGUGAUCAAGCUUGGAGAGAGGUCUUUGAAAUUAUCAGCUAAGAUAGUGCACGCAGUUCUCACCAAAAGCAUCAAGACAGUGAAGAGACACGAAGCAUGGUUCCAUUUUGGUGCUCAGCCAAUGAGGUUCUCUAUAAGAGAAUUCCACAUGGUGACUGGUUUGAAAUGUAGUGGUGAAGCAAGAGAACCACGAGAGGAAACCGAGAAAUUUAAGUGGGACUUCCUAAAAGGGCGUACUCAUACAGUAAAGGACGUGGAGAAGCAGCUCAGAAACACAAGAGAAGAUGCUUCUGAUGAGAGAUUCUGCCUUGCAAUGCUCCUCCUGAUUGAGAGCAUACUACUACAGAAGAGCCUUCUCGACGGUGGCACAACUUUUACUUUGGAUUAUGUGAAAAUAGCGCAGGAUAUGGAUGUCUUGAUGACAUACCCAUGGGGGAGAACAGCUUAUAAUUUGCUGUUAAAAUCACUUCAGAGAGCUGUCGACAAAAGCCUCGACAAAAACAAUUAUGAUUUGCAAGGGUUCCCUAUGGCAUUUCUUAUAUGGAUACUUGAGUCAGUACCUUUGCUACAGUAUGCAUUCAGUCAAGUUGUUCCUAUUCUGAGCGUUCAACCGUCUACCCCAAUAUUUUUGUGUGAGAAGUACCUUCAAAUAGCUUCUCCACAGCUGAUAGAUGUUCUCCUAAUUGAAAUCAAAGAUCAUCUUAAGGUCACAUGCAUCCUACCUCCUAUUUCUAAUGAUCCAGAAGCUGAUGUUUGCAUGGAAGACGAAGCUAAUAAAGAUCUGGAUGACAUGGCCGAUUUAUCCAAGAGAGGUUAUAAGUUUAAAAUUAGAGAUUGGCGAAACAUGUCAGUAGACCUAUACGGUGCUAAUGAAGAAAUAAGAAGAGCAUCUUUACUGUUUGGGAAUGGAGGGAUGAGUCAAGCUUCUACUUCGUAUCAGGAGGAGUCUUUGGAAUCAAAGAUCAACAGAAUCAGCGAGAUGGUGGGAGAUAAUUUAAGGAUCAUGAACGAUCGUUUGUGUUUGAUUGAAAAAGAGAGGAAACAGAUUAAAGAACGUGUGACAAAACUAGAGAAACUACAAAGAGUUACUUCAUAUGAAACUCCAAACAAUGAGACUGACACAACUCCAUUUCAUGAGACGGCUUCCAGACAAGGUGAAGCCAAUGCAGAUCAAGCAGAUGAACAACUUAACAAUGAGGAUACACGAGAGCCUAUGAAUGAGAUCACGAAAGAGACACCUGGUUCUCCAAUAGCUCAACAGAAUAUUGAGACUCCAGUCCUUACUCCAAUUCAGACGCAGCAGGAGACUCACGAGCUUAUGAAUGAGAUCAUUUCACCAAACAUUUCCGACACACAGCCAAAUACCCGAGCUCGCAGAAAUCUUUUAACAGAGCAAAAUAAGGAUGUAGAAAGCAGAGUUCAAAAUCCCUUUGAGAUCGGAGCAAAUGUGGAGAUUUCAUCACAAGAUGACAAUACUUGUCAUAAAUGGUAUCCAGGAAAUGUGUUGGCAACAUAUUUGGUUGAUGGGGUUGGUUGA